AUGUCGUCAGAAAAUUCAUCCGGUAUCAUUGAUAAAAAUACUGCAUCAAAAAUUAAAAGGAAUAUAGAGUAUUUAAAGGGUAUUAAUAAUGCAAAUGAAUAUAGAAGCACUUGUUUAUAUUACAAAUAUUGGAUGUACGAACAAAUAAGAAAAUCUAUUAACUCUAAUAUGAAUACAAAAAGUGAUCGGGCUAUUAUUGAAGAAUUUGUGAAUUUCCAUAAAGAGAAUAUGAAAAUGGAACCUUCAAAAUCUGGAUGUGAAUAUCAUUUUAUUCAUAAAAAUUUACAAGAAUUAACAUAUUUCAUUGAACAGAAACAUUUGCAUGAUUAUUUUGAUAAUUAUGCGAGCAUUAUAAAAGUAAAUAUAUGUAAUAAAAUUACUUCUGAAAAAUACAGAGAAUACCUUCAAAGCAUUAGUGGUCUAUAUAUACAACAUAAAGAAGAAUGCUGUGACAAAUAUGGCAUAAACUAUUGUCCAAAUUAUUUUAAUUGCUAUGAAGGUUAUAAUCCAUAUAACAUUUUAUUAGCAUUAAAACAAAAUGGUAGCUGUGAUAAUUUAACUAAACUAAAUAAAGCUAUAGACAAUGAAUCGGCUUCUGGUGAUUCCGAUUCAAAAAGUAGCAUAAUUACAAUAGUAAAGUGUACUAAAAUACAUCAUCCAGAUGAUAAAUCAUUAGUAUUUUAUUCAUGUGAUGUUCCAAACAGUGUCGAAAAUGGUAAUGUAAAAUUUGAAGCAUCAAGUUAUGGAGAAAAAAAAAUUCAUAAUAAACGUAUAUCAUGUUCUAGUAAAAAAUCACGGAAUCGAGUUGUAUCAAAAGAACCUAGUAUGAAAGUCAUUAAAAAUGGAGAAAAUUGUUCGUCUUCUUCUGAAGAAGGUGAUGAGAAAUCAAAAACAUGUACAAAAAUAGAAGAAAAAACUGGAUAUCAAAGCACUCCUGAUCAAGGAAAUUCUGUAACGAUACCAUCAAGAGCCAAUUCAAAUACAGGGAAUGUUUCAAGUAAUGGAUAUAAAUUCGGUACAGAUGGAUCUGGUGUGUAUUGUAAAAACACGACUUCUAAUAUGUGCUUAAUCCUAAACAAAUUAUUUCAGUCUAAGAAUCAAGUUGUAAAAAUACAUUCUGAUGAAACAAUGCCAGCUAAUGAAAUAAACCCAACUGAUGAAAUGUUACCUGAAUGUGAUGAAGACAGGGAAG